UUUUGAUUGUUCAUUUCUCUGUAUCCUAACAGAUAGCAGAGAUGGAGGCAUUAUUAGCAUGGUUUUAAAUCACGAUUCAGGGAUCAUAUUACGACAACUCAAGUCCCGAGCCAAACUGAAGCUCAGCAAAUGCUCCUUAACUCUGCGACUAUGUUACUAGUGAUACCUGCCGUUGGGAGUCCGAUGCUCCAAGCUAAGUUUCCUGCACACUAUGCCCGCGGUCAUUGCCUAUUGCAUACCAUAUGAAUGAUCUAUAACAAUAGCCCAGUUGUUCAAAUUUGGGAAUUUUGAUUUAGAAAUUCUAUGUUCCAACUCCUUUAUCUUGAAGAUUUUGUAGGCCUUUUACCGAGUGAAAAGGGGAGCAAAAGACAUCUAUAAACUCUGUUUUUUCGCAAAAAAAGUCUUGCUUUGCUGUUAAGGUAUGUCCUAAAACUUUAGAGAGUUGAGGAAAAGGGAACAAAAGAAAUGCUGUUUCCCAAGAAAAAUGAGAAAUAAAACAGCAGGGGUCCAACAUCAUGAAGCAAGUAUAUAGCAUGUUGGGUCCAAAUUCAUUUCUUUAAUAUAAACUGCUAGUGGGAAGUAUGAUGGCAGCUUUACCACUCUGACUUAACUUUAAACAUGGACAUGCUUGUGUUCAUCUCAAGUUUAUCCUCUUCAUUCAAUGAGAUAUCAUUGUGGUUUACCUGGUGAAUCUGUGGCGCACGUUUUAACCCUUGUGUAGGAGUGUUUUCCAUUAAGCUUCUCCCAUCUCUCUCCUCUAUUUUCUCUUUAUUCUGAUUGAAGAAAUUCUUUUUAUGGAAGAAGCUAAACCCAUCAGUCAACCUCCCCUUUUGUCUCUCUACUUGUAGAAUCCAACACUUUGAAUUGAAACCCAUUUACCUAUGGCACCAGCACACAGACAAUACUACAUUCAUGCCUUCAGAAACCAGCAGAAUCUUAUCUAUCAACAACCUUCCCCUACUUCAGACCAUGCUUUCCCUCUAUUAGCUAUUGCUGUGUUGAGCAUCAUGGGCACAGCUUUCUUGCUAGUUGGUUACUACGUCUUUGUGAACAAAUGUUGCUCCAACUGGAACCAGUUUAAUCUUCUAAGGUGGUUCACUGUUUGGAGAGCUAGACGUAACGAAGAUUCGUUUAUAGCCCUCUCUCCAACCAUGUGGAAUCGUGGGCUGGACGAGUCAGUAAUUCGCGAGAUACCAACAUUUCAGUACAGGAGAGAAGAAGGUCGGGAGAGGAGUAGCUGUGGCUGUGUGGUCUGUUUGAAUGAGUUCCAAGAACAAGACAUGCUUAGAGUUCUUCCAAACUGUAGCCAUGCAUUUCACUUGGAUUGCAUUGACAUAUGGUUCCAAAGCAAUGCUAAUUGCCCACUUUGCAGAACAAGCAUUUCAGGCUCUGGUACUAAAUAUCCAGUUGACCGCAUCAUUGCUCCUAGCUCAUCACCUCAAGGCUCGCAGCCAUACACCGAUAGUCUUAUGGGAAGUGAUGAAGAUUAUGUGGUGAUCGAAUUGGGUGGAGAAGAUGAUGGAGCUUUGUUACCUCCUAGGCAACAUGAAAGAAACACUUCAAGAGAAGUUCAGAUGAGACUCAGAAGUCGAUCACCAAUGAAGAUGGAGCAGAAGCUUGGAAAGUUGAAAACAAGGAAGCAACACCAUGUCUCAAUUAUGGGUGAUGAAUGCAUUGAUGUAAGGGGGAAAGAUGAUCAGUUUUCCAUCCAACCGUUGAGGAGAUCUUUCUCACUGGAUUCUGCAGUGGAUCGACAGCUUUACUCAAGUGUUCAAGCAAUCAUUCAUCAAAAUAUCCAUCAUAGGGAAAUUAGCAAUACCGAGGAAAGUAGUAACAGAGUACUUAGGUCUGUUUUUCCAUUUGUUCAUGUCCGAGGAUCCAGAAAAGCAGUACGUCCGGUUGAAUUUGAGAUAUAAUGCAAGAAGAUUUAGUCCGAAA